AAGGGUUCUCAGUGGCACAACUCAAUACACCACGACUUUCACCCGACCACCAACAAGAUCUCAAUACUAGAGAGACCUGAAGAUCUGACCAAGCUGACCAACAUUUGUAUCAACGACAUGACAAGCCAGCCUAAUGACUAUCAAACGUUCAUCUCCAAUCUACUCUACCGAAUAUCUCGAAUACCCCAUUUGCGGGCCUUCGCCUAUACCCGUCAAUACGGUGAAAUCGGAUUCUUAUCACAGCUACAGACUUGCUUGUCAUCAAUUUCUUUCCUCCGUAUUGAGGCCAGAAUCGUACGUGGAUCGCUCCAGCUGGACAGGCUGGAAGUUCUGUAUCUGGGCGUCAUUGAAUAUGACGUUGGAGAAUGGUCGUUCCCUUCACUCCGGCAUUGUGCCAUAGGUAGAGGGACACAGUUCUUUGCCUUUUUCGGUAGUACUGACAGAAAAUGCCCGAUCAGUCCGAGUUCAUUAUAUGGACUCCGGUCUCUGCUCUUUUAUGACCCUUGGAGCCUUCGAAUCGACAAGAAUUUCUGGAUUGCCUAUCCGCAUCUUGAGUGUCUCGGAGGCUAUUGGGGAGUCGAUAUUGUAGAUCCUCCCCCACCUGGCCACCCG